AUGUCUUCCGCCUUCAUCUCCGCCAUCGCGGCCAGACGCUCCAUCUACCCGCUCUCCAAAAAGGCCAUCCUCUCGGACGCCAAGCUGACGACCGUCAUCCAAGAAGCCGUCAAGCACGCGCCCAGCUCCUUCAACAUGAUGAGCUCGCGCGUCGUCAUUCUCUUCGGCGCCGAGCAUGACGCCUACUGGAACGACAUCGUCCCCGGCGAGCUUAAGAAGGUCGUGCCGGACGAGGAGACCUUCGCCAAGGGCGUCGAGCGCACCAAGAUGUUCGGCGCGGCCGCCGGCACCGUCUUGUUCUUCGAAGACGGGAAAGUCAUCAAGGGCAUGCAGGAGAAUGUUGCGCUGUAUGCAGACCGCUUCCCCCAGUGGUCAGAGCACGGCAGCGGCAUGGCGCAGAUCUACGCGUGGACGGCGCUCGAGCUCGAGGGCUAUGGCGCCAAUCUGCAGCAUUACGGAAACCUCACUGGACCAGCCGUCACCAAGAAGUACGGCCUGCCCGACACGUACUCCCUGAAGGCCGAGUUGGUGUUUGGCCACCCAGAGGGGUCUGCUAAGGAGAAGCCGUUCCUACCUGACGCGGAGAGAGUCAAGACUUUCGGUUCCUCAUGA